AUGUCACUAUGGGUACAACGAACGUCGACAGGUGGAGGAACUCUUGUUGAAUACGUGGACCAAACAGGUACACAAGGAUGGUGUACUACUCCAUUAGGAUUUUCCUCUUCUGGUAAUAUAGUUGCCAAUGCCUUUCUUCCAGAUACCCAGGUAACAGGUCCUGUUCUAUCGGUCCUCACAUGGAAGCAUAUUGCCACUACUUAUUCACAAACGCAUGGGCUUACAUUGUAUGUUAAUGGAGUAUCUGUUGGAAAUACAGGUGCACAGGCCAAUAAUGCACCAAAUACAGCAGUCACUCUGACAUUGGGCAACGCACUAAUUAGUGGCUAUUGUGAUCCACAGUCAAUUACAAGAGGUCCAUUUUAUGGCUAUUUAGAUGAAUUUCGUGUCUACUCACGUGAACUCAGUGCCGCAGAGGUUUCUGGACUUGCUAAUCCCUUAUGA